AUGCCCCGUGCUGAGCGUCUUCGUGUCGAUCCAGAGUGGCUGGAGGCCGUCCCUCUCCAGCUCCGCUGCGCCUAUUCCCUGCAGAGUCUGGAGAGGGUGUAUCUCGAGGAGUUGAAGAGGCUGGAGAUACACCUGGAGCCAUUCGACUGCGACUUCUCCGCCUUCCAAGCCCCAGCUGCAGGCACCACGCCAUCUGCUCUGGACGUCGAAGACUUUCCUGAAGCACCGCAGGAGCUCGACGCCGCCUCUGGCUGCGAAGAAGGUGCAUGUUCUGCUGUAGAGGACAAAGAGGAGGGCUACCCCCCUCGCUGGAGCCUCCUCCUGCCCCGGCCCACAACCUCUCGGCCUCCUGAAGCAGCGCUGGGCUCCGUUCCGAAGAAGCAAAGCCAGAGGGGGAAGGGGUCAAGCAAACGCAGACCCAGGAAGGGAAGAGUGUUGAAGAAGGCGGAGGGCAACGCGAAGGAGGCGCGGAGACUAACCCUGCGCAGGCGUCUUCAGUCCACCUCCGCGUUCGUUCGGAGCGACGGGUUCUCUCUGGAGGCCAACGGCUUGGCAGCCUCAACUGGAUGGCACGGCAGGCUUCCUUCCCUGCAGGAUAGGGAGCUAGUCUCCCGCGCCUACGACGACGGCUCUAUCGUAGAGUAUGUACAGCACUUCUACCCUGUAUACUACGACAGAGCACAGGAGCGGCCUGCACUGCUCCUGGAUUCUGAAGACCGGGCCUUUGCCUACAGGACAACGGUGCUGCCCUGGCUUCGAGAAGCAGACGAAGCGCUUUGGCAGGCUAUCCAGCUCCUGCUAGGGUCCGAACUCGAAAGUGAAGACACCGUCGCCCGCUGCGCGAAAGGCGUUAGAGGCCUGCACCUUCCCUCUAUCCUCGGCCACCACCGAUCAUACUCUGUGGUAGGUCUGCUGCCCAACUCUUGA